AUGAAUGGUGAUGAGGCGAAGAGGUUGGGGGAGAAAUUGCUAGCUGAGGUUCAAGUCAAGGAUCUGAGCUCGGUACCAACAUUCCAUUUCAACAUAGCAGAACUCGACGCCCUAAUUCCAGGUUCCAAGCCCCCAAUCCUUGAACUGGUCUCGCCGCCAUUAACGCACGACGCGUCUGGCUCGGGCAAAACCUCACUCCUCUACCUCAUCAUAGCCACUGCCAUACUACCUCGAACCAUGUCUUGCAUCCAACUUGACGGCCACGAGUCAGCCGUCAUCCUCUUCGACCCAUUACACCACUUCAGCGUCGUGCGCCUGGCAGAAGUAACACUCCACGUCGUCAUGACCAAGCUGCAAGCUGCCAGUGUAGGCAUCGACAGCACCACAAAGCAGCAGAUGCGAGAAGUCGUCAAAACCGCAUUAUCACACGUACACAUUUUCCACCCACCGUCCUGGCCCCUUUUCCUCGCAACACUUCGCUCCCUCCCAGACUAUCUCUUCGACGCAACAAAGCACCACAGUACGCACCGCCGGAUUCACUCCAUCAUCCUCGAAGACGUCGACGCUUUCGUCCCGGAGAUACGCAGCUCGGCUCCUGCUUCUUCUUUUUCUUCUUCUACUUCAUCAUCAUCCGCAAAUGCAUUAUCGCCAGCUUCGUCAACACUGGCUUUCCACCUGACCAAGCUAUCCAGUCUGCUUUCCAGCGCUGUAAUCACUACAUCGCACUCGACGUCUCCACUGUACUAUCGGCCUGCGCUGCCGACUUCGUGGCCCCGCGACACGCUGGUCACGCGCCUGGCACUGCGCCGUGUGCCCGUGGCCAAGUUUGCUCCCGGGAUCAGUAACGAGGAGGCAGAGGCAGAGAGGGAAAAGAGAUGGGAAGUCGUUAGCAGAGCGAGGUUUGAGUGUUGGAAGGUUGGCAUGGGAGUGGGAGGCCAAGGCAGUGGGGGAUUUGUGUUUAGGAUAGGACGGCAUGUUGAGACGGAGAGAAAGAUGGACAUAUAA